CUUGUCAUUGGCCGUUUCAUUUUGACGUUUCUUGUUGAAUUCAACACAACAAAAGUCGUUGGUUUUUCGUGGUUAAAAAGCCGGUUUUGUACGAAAUGUCCGUCAUUAUUGAUACGGAAGCGAAAAAUCGCAGUCUUAGCGAAAGUUCCGACACCGAACUUGACCCCCAGUUUAAGCCCAUCGUGACUCUACCCGAGGUUGAAAUUCGCACAAAUGAGGAAAAUGAAAUUGUAUUGCUAAAACUGCGCGCUAAAUUAUACCGUUUUGACAAGUCAAGUAAGCCCCCUGAGUGGAAGGAAAGGGGCACCGGCGAGAUGAAAAUCCUGCAACACAAAGAGAGAAAUUCGGUACGAAUCGUAAUGAGGCGUGAUAAAACGUUCAAGGUUUGUGCCAACCACUUUAUCACCCCGUGGAUGACCCUGGAGCCCUGCAAGGGCACUGAGAAGGCCUUUAUUUACACGGCGGCGGCCGAUUUCGCGGACGAGGAGGCCAAAAGGGAGUGCUUUGCCAUCAAAUUCGGCAGUGUUGAUAAUGCGGACACUUUCAAGAGUAAAUUUGAGGAGGCCAAGAAAAUAUUGAAGGAGAGCGAAUGUAGUGAACUCAUAUGCCCCCCCAAGUCCAGUAGUGCCAACACUGAGGACGUUACAACAAAGUUGGACAAGUUGGAGGUUAGUAACAAAGAAGAAGAGAAAAAAUGAGAUGUUAGGUAUUUUUGUAUGAAGACGAUUAUUUUGUAUGAGAAUAAAGCUAUUUUAAUAGAAA